UACAAAAUGGGUGACAAAAUGACAGAGAAGCGUCUUAAGAAGAAGAUGAAGAUGAAAUUGAAAAAAGAAAAGUUGUUGAAAAGAAAUCAAGAAAAACAAACAGAAAACAGCUUAGGACCAUCACAUUCUGAGGUGCCAUUCAGGUCACAGUUAGAGGCUAAGCAGAUACAGAAACAGAAGAAAAAGAUGAUCCAGGGAGAUACAGCUGUGACAAAUGAAAACAAACUUGCACAAGAUCAAAAGAAAAAGAAGAAGAAAAGAAAAUUGGAGGAGGUUAAAGCAGUUGCUGAGGAUGUCAGUAAAAAGAAAAUGAAAUUAGAAAAGACAAAACCUGACAGUUCCGAGGACAGUGACGAUGAUAGUGAUACAGAACCAGCAGGUCAUUCUAAAAAACUGAAGCAAGGAAAUAGGAAGGCAGUGACUAAUGAUUCAAAGAAAAUGACUGAUGAUAUUGAUGAUGAAUCUAGUGAUGAAAACAGUGAAAAUGAAAGUGAUGAAGUUGAUGACUCAGGUGUUAAGGAUGAGAUGGAGAGUGAUGAUUCAGAGAAAGACAGUGAUGGUGAGAUAGAAGAAGAAGAGGCAGAUGAAGAGGAGAGCACUGAUAUAAAACCUCCAGAGGAGCAGACAUUGCCAGGGAGUUCACUAGGUGUUGGUAUAGUUACAGACAAGUCCUUCAAGAGCCUUGAGGGUCGGGUAUGCGCUAACACAUUAGAUGGUAUCAAGGAUAUGGGAUUCACACAUAUGACAGAAAUACAGGCCAAUGCUAUACCACAUCUUCUUGAAGGAAGGGAUUUGAUGGGAGCAGCAAAGACUGGUAGUGGUAAAACCCUCGCCUUCCUCUUGCCAGCUGUUGAACUUCUAUAUAAUCUCAAGUUUAUGCCCAGAAAUGGUACUGGUGUAAUAGUUAUAUCACCAACUCGAGAGCUGUCCAUGCAGACAUUUGGAGUAUUAAAGGAGUUACUGAAAUAUCACUGUCACACAUAUGGCCUCAUUAUGGGCGGGACCAACAGACAGGAGGAGGCAAAAAAGCUUGGGAAAGGCGUGAAUAUAUUAGUAGCUACACCUGGUAGGCUUCUAGAUCAUUUACAGAAUACUCAGGAUUUCAUGUACAAGAAUCUACAGUGUCUGAUAAUAGAUGAGGCUGACCGUAUACUGGACGUCGGGUUUGAGGAGGAAAUGAAACAAAUUAUCAAACUUUUGCCAAAGAGACGCCAGACAAUGUUGUUUUCUGCUACCCAGACUAGAAAAGUUGAAGAUUUAGCAAGAAUAUCGCUGAAGAAAGAGCCUCUGUAUGUUGGGGUAGAUGACAAGAAAGAUCAGGCAACAGUAGAAGGUUUAGAACAGGGCUAUGUAGUGUGUCCAUCUGAGAAGCGUUUCCUACUGUUGUUUACGUUCCUCAAGAAGAAUCGUAAGAAGAAGAUGAUGGUGUUUUUGAGCUCCUGUAUGGCCGUCAAAUAUUACCACGAGUUGUUGAACUAUAUAGAUCUACCUGUGAUGUGUAUACAUGGUAAACAGAAGCAGACAAAAAGAACACAAACAUUUUUCCAGUUUUGUAACGCAAAAGAAGCAAUAUUGUUAUGUACAGAUGUGGCAGCAAGAGGGUUAGAUAUACCUGCUGUUGAUUGGAUAGUACAAGUUGACCCACCAGAUGACCCUAAGGAAUAUAUUCAUCGUGUGGGCAGGACAGCAAGAGGGGAAGGUGGAGUAGGUCACGCCUUGUUGAUAUUGCGGCCAGAGGAAUUGGGAUUUCUCCGCUUCUUGAAACAAGCCAAAGUCCCUCUCAAUGAAUUUGAAUUCUCAUGGAGUAAAAUUUCUGACAUACAGCUUCAGCUUGAAAAGUUGAUAGAGAAGAACUACUUCCUGAACAGAUCCGCCCACGAGGGCUACAAGUCAUACGUUCGAGCCUAUGCCUCUCAUAGUUUGAAGAACAUAUUUGAUGUAAACACGUUAGAUCUCCAGAAAGUGGCUUUGUCAUUUGGCUUCAAGACACCUCCCUUUGUUGAUCUGAAUGUGCAUGGUAGUAAAGGUGGUGGUGGUGGAGCCAGGAACAAGCAAGGACGUGGAGGUGGAGGAUUUGGGUACCAGCGUAGUAAACAUCAGUUCAAGUCAAAGGUUUUCAAGCAGUUCAGCGGGAACAAGAAAUCAGGGGGCAAGAGGCAGUUUUCACGGUGACAGCUCAUAUGUGAUUAAAAACUCAUCAAAGCCACAUUCACAGUUUGGAUACACAUUGGAAUUCAAACAAUGAACAUUAUUCAAAAGAUGAAAUAAUUUUAGUCUUUAAUGAAAGUUUAUUUAUUUUAAUGAAAGUAAUAUGUUUUGCAUUUACUGGCAAUACAUGUAAAGUUAAUUGUUAGAUUUUAAACUGGAAAGCUAUACAGUUGUUAAGUUUAAACUUCAGAUCUUACAGUUACUAAAUACGAACUUUUUCAUGUUAUUGUUCACUGUAGACUUAAAAUUCAUGCAAUAUUUAAAUGUAUGUUCAAAAAUCAUGCAGUUGUUAAAUAUAGACUUGAAAGAUCAUGCAGUCCUAUUGAUUUAGUAUAUUUUUGUUGACAGAACUUCUAAUGCAAGUUUUCAUAGCCUGCAUUGCAUUUGGUAAAUGGGAUGUAUAAAAUUAAUAUUUAAAACAUGUAAAUUGAUAGAUUUUUCUUCUUCAACUUCCAGGUUGUUGAUUUUAAAGUUAAGGUAUAUUUUUGUUGUGUUUCAUUAUUACAUAUUCUCAUAAGGCAAUUCGGCAUUCUGUGGCCGUAAGUGUGGCUCAAUACGUGCAUGGUUUUCUGCAAAAACCUGAAGAAUGCCAAAAUUGCCUAUGAAGAUUAUUCAGUAUUCUGAUAGCUAUUUAAAGUGGCAUUAUGCGCAUCUUACUGCACAUAGUGUGUUUUGAUGAAUGUUUCAUAAAAGCGAUUUUCGGUUGCUGUGCAUUUAAAUGUGUUAAAUUAACGAUAAUGCCGCAUAAGUAUUUGAAGUUAAUGAAUUAAAGAAAUCUGACUAAUAAACUAUUAGUUCUUUUCUUCAAUCUUCUACGCAGUGAUCUCCCUUACCUGUAGGUAGAGAUUUCUUAAGUUGAAGGGAAGCAACUCCUGCAUGCAGUUUGACUUUUCUUAAAAAGACUUCCCCAAGCCAUAUUUGGAAAGUUAUUAUUUCAUAUUGGUAACAGAUAGAAUUUGGUAUAUUAGGUUUAAAGCUAUAAUUUCCUCUACCCUUUUCACAUUUUCACACACACAUCUAUUUCAGCUGGAUUUUUACUUGAAAAAUGCGCAUAUUUCCACUUUAAGGUCCAUCAAUUUAAGAGUAAAGAUCAUUUAACUUUUUGUAUGUAAUAAGACUUAAAAAUAAAAUUUAAAUAUUUAUAGUUAUAAUUAGUAUGGAAACACUGAUAACAGUGUAAGAAGAUGGUUAAAUUAAAGUUUCAAGAUUUGAAGAUUUUUAUGAUACAAGCCUUUUAGUAAUUCUUUGGAACUUGAUUUAUGUAAAAUGAAUUGAACAUUAGUAUUUUUGGAUGGCAUUAUAAACAGUUGUAUAUAUAAUAUCAGAUGUCCAGUAAAUAUUUUUAAGAUGC